CUGUCUUUUUAAAGUACCUUGGUCUGGCCUAUGCUUUACACUUCGUGUGGCGUAUUACUUUGGUUAAAACAGAUAAUUUUACACGUUUGCAGGUUGCAAGUGCUCCCAAACUUUGUGUUGCUGAUAUAUACUAAUAUAUAAAGUCAUGAUUUGUCAGCUUUUGCGUAAAAAUCUUAACCGGCUUCUGAUUCGACAAUUGCAUUCUCGUAGUGGAAGCAACUCCGGCCCUACUACGUGGUCAGUGAUGAGGUUGAUAGCGGGCACUGCAUGUGCCGGCGGCAUAGGUCUGGUAGCAUAUUAUAUACUGGAUAGCAACAAAGUUUAUAUGACAGGCUCUUCGACGAACACCUUUUCUUAUGCAUCACAAUACAUGGCAAAGCCGAUCACCGAUAUGAGCAUAUUAAACACCCAUCGUAAUGAAAUGAAAUAUCGCAUGGAAGAGCUGGUCAUGAAAAUCCAGCAUGAUUUCUGUCGUGCAUUGGAAGCUGAAGAAUCAUUUGGGAGAAAGUUUGUCGUUGAUCGAUGGGAACGGAAAGAAGGAGGUGGUGGUAUUACUUGCGUAUUACAGGAUGGUGACAUUUUUGAGAAAGCCGGUGUAAAUAUUUCCGUGGUACACGGUAACCUACCAAAGGGGGCUAUUCAGCAGAUGCGAUCUCGUGGCAAGCAAUUGGCUGAAGGGGAGUUGCCCUUCUUCGCUAUCGGAGUAAGCUCCGUAAUCCAUCCACGUAAUCCUAUGGUACCAACUAUACACUUCAACUAUCGCUAUUUCGAGGUGACUGAUUCUAAGGGACAGAAACAAUGGUGGUUUGGCGGUGGCACUGAUCUUACACCUUACUAUCUCAACGAGGCCGAUGCAAAACAUUUUCAUACCAUAUUGAAAGAAGUGUGUGAUCUACAUGAUCCAUCUUACUAUUCAAAUUAUAAAGAAUGGUGCGACAAAUACUUCUUCAUUCCCCAUCGAAAUGAAAGCCGUGGCGUUGGAGGAAUCUUUUUCGAUGAUUUAGAUGCUCCUAACGCUGAAAAAGUGUUUGAUUUUGUAUCUUCUUGUGCCCAUUCGGUUAUACCGUCCUAUCUGCCGCUAGUUCGACGACAUAAGAACGACGCAUACGGCGAUCGACAAAGACAGUGGCAGCUAUUGCGUCGCGGUCGAUAUGUUGAGUUUAAUCUAAUUUACGAUCGUGGAACAAAAUUCGGUCUCCACACUCCAGGGGCGCGAUUCGAAAGCAUUCUCAUGUCUUUGCCUCUCACUGCGAAAUGGGAAUACAUGAACAUACCCGAGGAAGGAACAGAAGAGGCAGUCUUGACCAAUGUCCUUCAAAACCCCAAAAAUUGGGUCAGUUUAUAAUACAAUACACAUAAUACUCGUUCCUUUAGAAUGAAUAAUAAAUUGAAAACUUAAUAAAUGAUUGAGUAUCAAUUUGUAAUAUUUAUUCAUC